CUGAAAACCGUAAACAUUCAGAGCAGUUUUUCUAGACAUUGAAACGAAAUUUUCGAAUUUUUUAGAAUCCGAAUUACGACUGUUGCGGUUUUAAUUUGAUGCUAACUAACUCCCUACGAGUUUUCCUUGAAGUAGUCUAAAUUGGCUGAGAAAAUCUAGAAACGGACCCCCCUGAUCUAUAGUUCCUUUCCACUAUUCGUGAAUGGUUGGUCGCAACAAUUACUUUUCAAACAGACGUAGAAGCUAUUUACUUCUGGCAAAUAUUAUACAAACAGGGCCAAAACAAAUUAUUGCGAAAAAAUCAAUUUGCAUGUAACUUGUCUCGAGAUUUUCAAAAAUGGGCGGGGAAACUUGAAUGGGUGUGGAAUACAGGAAUUGUGGGUCGGAAGCCGAAAGAGACGGCGACGACUGAAGUGUUGCGAGCACGCGCGGAGGAGUACAGACUGAAUGGGGAGAUAAAGCAGUUCAGAGUUGGACACCAGAACAGGCUGAAGCACAUCGAGAAAAUGAAAGACACCCUGCAGCAACACAAGCACCAGCUGAAGCAGCGCAUAGACGACAACGGCAAAUUCAUUUCGGAGCAGUUCAACAAGCAGUUGAGGGCGGAGGCCAAGUACAAAGAGGAGCACAGGGCUGUCCAGACUCUGGAACAAGAGCUGGCCCAACUGGAACAACAGGCACACCACCUCAAUAUCAGACUGCAACUGGUGUCAAAAGAAAUCGAGAACGGAGAAGCAUACCGCACGCUACUGCUGCAAUCUGCGAAAAUAGCCGCGUCAUCAGACAGAGGACCAGGGCUCACGUCAGAGCUCGAUAUCACGAAUCUCAUUCAGAAACAUCAGACCCUUCAGAACACCAACAACACUUUGAAACAGACUCUCAAAUCGAAAAUCCAAGAGGUGGAAAGAGUUCAGAAGCUGACAGAGGAGGUGAACAGUGGCCACGAGAUAGACAGACUGAACGACAUGCUCCAGCUGGACACUCUGCAGACGAAGCUGGAGAACACGAAGAACAAAAACCACAGCUACGAGCAGACCAUCUUCUUCUCCAGCGAGAAACACCGACAGGAGCUGAUAGACAAGGGGAAGAUACUUCAGGCUAUAGACAAUUUAUUGGGCAAAUGCAGAAGCAGACACUUCAAGCAACUGCACAGCUGCUCCGAUGCGGUCGAAAUGAUAUCCUACCCUCAGAUGCUAGAACACAUUCAGGAAUUCAUCCUUCACGAGUAUGACGUCAUCCACAAAUCACGUGCCCUCAUUGAUCAAUACUCUGACUUCGGCAGCAGACGCAGCAAACGCAAAUCAGUGGCCACUUUACAGACCCAACAACAACAAGAAUAAUCACAAAAUUACGAACUUCAAAAACUGAAAAUUUGAAGUUCAUGUCGAGCUUCAAACUUUUCAGCUCUUUGAAGCUUUCCCCCAUGGUUCAGUGAAACUGGGCUGAAAAAUCUUUCUCAAUUCCUUUUUAUUUAACUCCUUUUCAAUUUCCUUUUUUAAACCGCUCUG